AUGCUAAAUGCAGUGCUCUUUACCCUCAUUUUUGGCGUCAUUUCGGUGUUGACUUUAGAAGAUGAGAAUUCUCCUUUAAAAUCGGCUAUGACAUCGAUGGAUAGAGAUAAUGAUUUCAUGAAAAGAAGUGACUCACUUUUUGAGCCAUUAACCCUCUACAAAAGAUACUAUUCUUUGGAUACUCUUGGCGGAUUGGGACUCGGGAAGAGGGCAGAGGAGAGACGCCAAGCAAGCCCGUACAAAAUUGCACGAUUCGGUCUUAUCGAUGAUUCGCGAUACAAAAAAGCGUUCAACUCGUUGGACAGCUUGGGUGGAAUGGGUCUUGGAAAGCGUUCCUCGAAAAAGCUGAUCGAUUUGAAGCGCGACUCAUCACUCAACUAUUUCGACAGUCUUGGCGGGAUUGGAUUGGGAAAAAAG